AUUUUUUGAUAUUCCUGAAACAGAAGAUUCUGAUAUUGUUGAGCCAUUGUAGUUAGAACACAAAUUAUAACUUACUCGUUGUCAAAGCAAGCAUGGAUGGGAAUAAUAGUGAUGAAGAACCCAGGCUGGGAAUUGAACCUGAAACCUUUCGACAUGCUGCUACCAACAUGGUUGAUUACAUCAUCAACUAUCAUCGUGACAUUCACAAGCGACAAACAUUUCCGGAUGUUGAACCAGGUUUCAUGCAAGCCAGGUUACCCAAGGAAGCUCCUGAUUACCCGGAAUCGUGGCAGGAAGUCUUCAGUGACAUUGAAACGGUAGUUAUGGAUGGGAUGACGCACUGGCAAUCCCCAGGUUUCUUUUCCUAUUAUCCAGCAACUACAAGCUAUCCAUCAAUGUUGGCUGAUAUGUUAUGCAAUGGAAUUUCAUGUGUUAGGUUUUCCUGGGCAUCGUCGCCAUCCGCUACUGAACUUGAGACGGUGAUGAUGGAUUGGUUGGCAAAGGCGAUUGGGUUACCGGAGUGUUUCAUUCAUGGUGGACAUGGACCUGGUGGGGGAGUUAUACAAGGCUCAGCAAGCGAAUCUACUCUGAUGGCUCUUAUGGCUGCAAGAAACAAAACUAUUCGUCAAGAACUCUCACGUGAUAAAUCACUACGAACACAUGACAUAGUAGCACGUAUGGUAGCAUAUUCAUCACAAUGCACUCACUCAUGCAUGGAUCGUGCAGGAGUGUUUGCUUUGGUUGAAGUUCGUAAACUUCCUGUUGGUAAGGAUGGUGUUAUGAGGGGUUCUGUGUUGAAGGAGGCAGUGAUGAAAGACAAGGACGAUGGAAGGAUACCAAUGUUUGUAUGUGCGUCUAUCGGAACGACGCCAUGUUGUACUUUUGAUGAUUUGGAAGAAAUUGGAAAAAUAUGUGAGGAACAAGAAAUCUGGUGUCAUGUGGAUGCAGCCUAUGCUGGAGCAGCUCUCAUAUGUCCAGAGUUUAGAUAUAUUUGCAAAGGGGUCGAGAGAGUGACAUCCUUCAACUUUAACCCACAUAAGUGGCUAAUGGUGCAAAUUGACUGCUCAGCUAUGUGGGUAAGGAAUAGUGAUGACCUUAUUAACUCUGCUGAAGUCAAUCCACUUUUUCUACAUCACAAAGCCCAGGAUUCAGCUAUUGAUUACAGGCAUUGGCAGAUACCUCUAGGACGCCCCUUUCGAUCAUUAAAACUAUGGUUUGUCCUCCGCAUGGUUGGGAUUGAAGGUCUUAGAUCUAACAUACGUCGAGGAGUGCAGGAAGCAAAGCAUCUGGAGCGACUUAUUCGAUCUGAUGAAAGAUUUGAGAUUUUGUUUCCUGUCACGCUGGGGUUGGUUUGUUUCAAAUUUAAACACCCGGGUCUCUUGUUAGAAGAGGAAAAUUCUUUAAACGAGAGAUUGUAUCAGAAAAUUCACAAUGAUAAAAGAAUCCUUCUUGUGCUAGCGAUGGUAAAUGGGGUUUACUUUAUUCGUGUGUGUACAGGCUCAACACACUGUAGCAUUGCUCAAGUUAACAAAUGCUGGAAUGUUAUCAAAGAAAUGGCAGAACAGCUUUGAUCACGUGCACCUCCUCAUCUUCACAUUGGUCAAUUCAAUGAAAAACAUAUUUCAUGUAAAAUUGCAUAUACACUUCCGUUAUUGUAAAAUAUCAUUCCCAAGUAUACACAUAUCCACAAUGGUAAGUGGUAGCAGCACAGUUUGCAACUCUUGCAGAAGAUAUACUAGUACUUACUACUUAUACACAUUUUUUGUUUUGUUUAUAGUAUUGUUACUGUUGUGCCUUACUGCCUAAAAUAAAUUUUGAACGAUUAGAACUUGAAAGUCACCUUUACAGGAGACUUUUUUAUUAAUUCUUCCUGUCAAACCAUAUAACUAUUCAUAUAAGUUGAUAUAACUAUAUCUAAAACAUACCAAGAGCAAGGACCUACUUAUAUAAUAUAGAAGUUAUAUGAAAAAAUCUUGGAACACUAACCACCAAUACCGUAUUCUUGAUUUGCAAUAAUCUAUAUAUAUCGCAUGAUUUUACAAACCUUUGUUACUGCACUUAUACCUCCGCACUUACAACUUUAACUAUUGGCUUUUAUUCUUAGCAAUAAAUUGCCCCAAUUAAUGAUUACGAUCAAGGUAUAUUUUACAUAUUGGUUAACGGAACAACAUUCUGUGUUAUUUUUCUUAUGUUGUAGUGACUGAAAUAUGAAACAUUUAUACAUUGUUGCAAAUAAAUUUGCCCUAAAUAACAAGCAAUUAUCAUAAAGCCCACGUCGCCACGGUGAUGUAAGUCAAAUAUACUACCAGUACCACA